AUGGCGACGACUCCACGAAAGUCUAGCAGCACCCAUGUUUCGUAUGAAAGCUACGCUCCGAGAUCUACAGCCCAAGUCUCGCGGCUGUCUCGGAUUGCCGCAUUGACGGCGGGACCCACCGCCAUGGCCUUUUACGAGGAAUCCAAAACGGAGGACUCCUCUUCCUCACUCUUAAAAGCCAUGUCACCGCCUCCUCCGUCUGCCUCACUCACCAAUAAUGCACUCGUCCAAGAUCCUUCCGUCAAGGAGACCAUGAAGAGAGCUACUCAUGAAGCAGAUCACUUGACUUCCCUUUUGAAGCACACGACUUCCCUCAAACUGGCACUCCGGGCUUCGAUCAACAUUGCCGAGGACAUUUCCAAUCGGCAUGCGGAUUUGAUACGGCAUUCGGGCGAAUUGUCGGCCGCUGCCGAUCGUCUACAGGGAGAACAAGCCGUGCUGGUGAAACAUGCCGAAGAAAUUGGCAUGCCACUCAAACAUUACGAUGCGGUGGACAGCAUUGGAGUCCUAGUCGGUGUCUUGUUCAAGGGCAAGACUGUGGUCCGGGGAUUGGCCAAAAUCAAGGUGGACAAUGAUGAGUUUCCAACCAUUUUGGAUAAAAUCGAUGAUGCUGCAAAUUUCUUUGGAAGAGAAUGUGGCGGGAAGGAAGUGUUGGAAGCCGAAUUGAAGAAGCAAAAGAAAUCUUCCAAUGCCCAAAUUAGUGGCAAUAUUGAAUACUAUCGUCGGUCACUUGCUCUCCAAGAGGCCGCACUGUACUUGAUUCGAGAGGCAGUGGUGGAUCGAAUCUCUACCACGGCAACCCAAGUGGCGUCUGCCCUCAAUAUCCCAAAGGUCCCGAUUGCGGCUGAUAAAUUGGAGGCUUCCUUGAUUUACACUCGAUACCAUGGCAUUUCUUCGAGAAGCAACCGUCUCUUGGCAUUGGUGAGAAAGCGUCUGCACCAUGGUGACGCUUAUCACGAACUAUUGCAACUCUGUCGAACCACCUAUUGUUCUUCGCGAGAAUCUCUCUUGAGGGCGACCAUUCGCAAUCACAUGGACAAGCUCAAGGAUCAGCACGGUUUGGUCGGUAUGACCCGAUUGGCCGCAGUCUUUUUGAUCCGUCUGUGUACGGUGGAAACAGCCUUGUAUCUGGAUUUCUUUGGAGAGAAAAAGUCAGAUACUAAGGAAGAGGAGGGGUCUAAAACAACCGGAGAGGGUACUGCUGGUGGUUCCAAAACUCUCGCUUCCCAAGUGGUAUCGGACGAUGGAAGCUAUUACGACUCGGAAUUCCAAUCAUACUUGUCCAACUUGUGUUCGGCACUACACCGAACGGUUCGACGAGGUGUGGUUACCGUUUUGGAUUUGGAUACGCUGUGUCAAAUUGUUUCCGUACUACGAGAAGAACGAUCCAUGGCCAGCUCCAGCCCCACAACGGUGGCGGCGGCCAGAGCCAUUUCCAGUGUCAUUGAAGAUGCCCAAGAACGGCUGAUUUUCUGUGCCACCAAUGCCUUGACCAGGGAAGUCAUUCGGUUCAAGGCCACUCCGGCUGAUUUGGACUAUCCCGACAAACUCAAGGCUAAACCAGAAGAAGAAGCCAAGGAAGGAGAACCAAUGGAAGAUGCCGUCCAAAAGCAACUCCAAGUUUACGAAUCUUGGUUUCCUCCCAUGCGAAGUGUCUUGAAGAUUCUAUCCAAGAUUUUCAGAGUGGUGGAACCCCGCGUCUUUGAAGAUAUUGCUUUGCAGUCGGUCCAAUCUUGUACCAAGUGCCUCAAAGAUGGGGCGAUCUAUAUCCAAAAGCGAAAGGGUGCCUUGGAUGCCGAUUUGUUUUUGGUGAAGCAUCUAUUGACAUUGAGAGAACAACUCUCUCCUUUUGAUAUUGAUUUGAGAUCGGUGGAGCGCCAACUGGAUUUCAGCGAUGCAGGCAGGGCUGUCUCUCGAUUCUUGGCCAACCGAAACCGCCGUCUCUUCUCCAUGACUACAGAGAACGCUUUGGUGACAUUGCUUCGUGAGGGUGUGUCCAUUAACGAAGAAUCAGUGGACUCUAAGCGCGACUUGGAAGAGGCUUUGCGACAAGCAUGUAACGAUUUCAUUGAGCACACUUGCAUAUCCAUGGCCUCGGACGUUCUCGGUAUUGUCGGUCAGCAAUUGGAACUCUCCAAUGAAGCGCUGGUGGACGCCAAGUUCUUUGAAGCAAACAAAAUCAAGGCAGCGUUGACCAAAACGUCCGAGCUGGUGGAUGCCAAGGGUGGAGAAAUGACUACCCAAAUGAAGCUAUACUUGGACAAUCCAGCGACUCAAAGUAUUCUUCUCAAGCCAAUUGCACGAAAGAUUACCAAAUCUUUGGAUGGAAUGCGAAAGGGUGUCGACAUUGCUAUGGAUGGAACCAACGGCUGGGACAGUGAGAUUCGUGCCGAAAUUAUCACUCUGAUUGGGGAAGUAGAAGAAAAGGUCAAGGCCUGCGUCAAGGCUAUACCAAACAGAGGAUGA